AUGUCUUGCGGCAUCCUCAGAACGUCCGGCAAGGACAUUGUCGACGGAAAUGGCAACACCGUGUUGCUGCGAGGAACAACGCUAGGUGGUUGGAUGCUCAUGGAGAACUUUAUAAACGGCUUCCCUGGCCGGGAGAAUCAGAUCCGCGCUGCUCUCCUCAAGGUUCUCGGUAAAGAGAAGUACGACUUCUUCUUCGACAAGUUCCUCGAAUACUUCUUCACCGAGAAGGACGCCGAAUUCCUCUCUUCGCUUGGCUUCAACUGCCUUCGCUUGUCCUUCAACUACCGUCAUUUCGAAGAUGAUAUGAACCCCAUGGUGAUUAAAGAGGAAGGUUUCAAGCACUUGGACAGGGCCAUUGAGCUUUGCGCUAAGUACGGCAUCUACACAAUCCUGGACCUCCACUCGGCCCCAGGAGGCCAGAAUCAAGACUGGCAUUGCGAUAACCCGACAGGCUACGCAGCCUUCUGGGACCACAAGCACUUUCAGGACCGGGUCAUCAACUUGUGGAAGGUUAUCGCUGCGCGCUACAAGAGCAACCCCUGGGUUGCCGGCUUCAACCCUCUUAAUGAGCCUGCCGACGAGCAGUGGACGCGUUUGCUAUCAUUCUACGACCGCAUCGUGCCUGCCAUCCGCGAGAUCGAUCCCGAACAUAUCCUCUUCCUCGAAGGUAACACAUUCAGUAUGGACUUUUCUGGCUUUACCGGUGUGUUCUCGAACUCGGUUUACGCCAUUCACGACUACUGCGGGUUUGGCUUCCCAAACCGUAUUGGACGCUACCAGGAAAAGCCCGAGCAGGAUGCAUACAUUCGACAGAUGUAUGAUCGCAAGGCGGCGUUCAUGAAGGAGCAUAAUGUACCCGUGUGGAAUGGCGAGUUUGGUCCCAUUUACGAACGCGAGGAUUUCAAUCCCGAAUGGGAGACGCAUAACAAUGAGCGCUACAACAUGCUCGACCGCCAGAUGGCCAUCUACACUUCCGAAAGUAUCGCAUGGUCCAUCUGGUGCUACAAAGACAUCAACGUCAUGGGCCUGGCCUACCUCUCCCCCGAGUCGCCUUGGCUCAAGCUCCUCGCCCCCAUAAUCAAGAAGAAGCGCGACCUGGCCGUGGACAGCUGGGCCUAUGACGACGCUCACCUUCAGGACGGCCUCUUUGGGCCGCUGCACAAGUGGUUCGAGGACAACGUGCCGGCGCAAUACAGCAAGAAGUACCCUUGGCAGUGGCGCAUGCACAUGCACGUGUUCCGUGGCAUUCGCGGCAUUACCAUGGCAGAGUACAUGGUCCAGGAGUGGGCCGACUACUUCAAGGACAAGACGUUUGAGGAGCUCGAUGCUCUGGCGGCGAGCUGGAAAAUCGAGAACUGCCUGCAGAGGGACAGGCUCAAUGAAUUGCUCAAGCUGUACGCUCCCAUGACCUCGGCGGACAAGAGGCUCGAGGGCAGAGUGAUUCAGCCGUCGGUGGAGGAGAGGACAAAGGCUAAGGAGACAAUAUCUGGGGUGGGCGUGUUUGAGCUGGCGCCGGAUGAGAAGAGAAAGAGGAAUGAGAGGGUAGAGGUGACGCCCGUGCCAGUGGCGGCGUGA